CCCCGAGACACAGAGCCAGUGUGAUAUCCAGGUUACCGCAGUUUACCUUCCCCAGAUUUCCCCAGGUACUCAUUCAUCCCCCAGCCCGUAUGGAAGGAUGAACAGCUGGGUGGGCCUCGCUAAAACGUUGAGUCCCUCCCUUUGAACGUUUGCCGUGGUCCAGUUUUCUGUGAGGGGAUGUAAACAGUAAACAAUACCGAGGACUGAGAACCCUUGACUGUCCUGCCAGGGUGUGGGGCUGACUCUCGACUCAGGCCUUGGGGACCCUCAACGCCACCAGCUGGGGAGCUUUGAAACCAUUAGCAACAUCAGGCUCAGCCUUUCUUGGGUUGCCAAACCACUACAAGUCUAGAACAAUGGACACCAGCCGUAAGGAACCUGAGGCUGGGGCUCCCUCUGCUCACACCCAGCCUCCAGAUGCCCUGCCCAGGAACCUUUUGGAUGACGAAGAAAGACUCAGCAGUUUUGACUCCCCCAAACAUGGCCCGACACUGUCCACCAGCACCAGCAGCUUUGAGGCUCUUGACCCACAUGACCCCAACCUGAGUCACCUCGCUUCCCUCAUGUUCUCCCACACUUCAAAUUACCUUCAGGGGGAGCUGUCAGCUGUGCUGGAGGACUACACACUGCUGGAGCAAAUGAACCGUGCGACCAUCACCAAGUAUGCCGACAUGCGGCAGAUCGGAGGCAGUGUGAGUCGUGCGCUGAAGGACCUAAAUGAGAAGUACCUGGCGCUGCAGCCGUACCUUGACCAGAUUGACCAAAUUGAAGACAGUGUAACCAAGUUGGAAGCCGCAGCAUAUAAACUAGAUGCUUAUUCUAAAAGAUUAGAAACAAAGUUUAAAUCCCUGGAGAAAAAGUAAAAAAACUAAUUAUAGUGUAUAAUCAUGUCGGAGAUUAAUAUAAUUCUAUCUAAUUUAUUUACUCUGUGAUGCUUUAUGACAAUUUACCUCCAUUUUUAAUUUCUUUGACUAGUCUUAAGGCAUACCUAGAUUAAGUGUGAUGUCUAUGAGAAUGAAGUGAUGCAUAGAAGUGAAUGCAUGGGACCCAUAUGCCUCAACGAUAUGUGUUUAUGAAAUAUAGACCCAAGUGAGUGUAUUGGUUGUGCUCCAAAGAGGAUCCUUUCCCUAUUCUUGUCUUAUCACAACAAGACCCAAUCAUCUGAACAUGUGACCAGGAAGUUUCAAGAUCAAAUCCAUAGCAUAUACACCAGUUUCUCAUUAUAUGUGCAUUCAGUAAAUGCACACUCAUGUGGAAAGUUUAUCCAAAGUCUAAUAUAAUGAGAUGUAUUUGAAGCUAGAGGUACAAUAAUGUCUGUAAUUCACAAUGUUUAAAUCAGCCUCUGGGAACAGGCAUGAUCUGAAAUAUGAGUAUUAUUCUUUUUUGCACUCUUCCUUUUUUAUUUUAUCACAUAACAUGUAGACAGCUGGGUUUUAGGAUGAAGCAAUCAUUCCUCCAUUAUCCCAACACUCAGCAGUCUGUUAUCCUCCCUCCUUUCUGCAGUGGUAACUGGCAGUGCUAUAAACAUAUUAUAUUUAGACAUGGGUUUAGGGGAAGCUAUCGUACUAAGUGAGAUUUCUCAUAAUUUGUGGGGUGCCUGAUGUUUUCCCUCAAAAAUAAAAAAGCAAUUUAAAAAUCACCCUUGCUAUAGAAAUAUUGUCAUCGCAGUUUUCCUCUUUAAAGUUUGAUAAUAUUGUAAUUAUAGUCUCUAGUGACUUGGUUUUGUCAUCUUAAUUAGGUUGUUUACACCCUCACCAUUUGGUCACUCAAGUGUAACUUCAAAGACUAGGUAUUUGGAGGCUAGAGAGCUUGGCGACAGGAUGGACUGACAAACCAAGUAAGAAAGCAGGCUGUGACAGCACCGAGGGCAUGAAGGGGGGUGGGGGGGGGGUAAGCCUCCCAAAAAAUCCUCUCAGCCCCCUCCCAUCAAUUGUGAAAUAACUUAUUGUUCCUUUCUCUUGGUUCAACCUCAGCUUUUUGCACCAAGGAAGCUUCCCCUAAGCCUCUCCUAUUAAUAUCAAAAUAGUCCUGGAGGUGCCACUGGGAACAAAUUUGAGUUUCACAGGUCACUUGUAUGUGACAGGUCAGCUAAAGGAUUACUCAUGGAUCUUUUAUCAUGAGAACAAUAAAAUAAUAUCACUAUCA